GAAAAAUACAAAAAACACAAAACCCUAGCUCAUCGUGCUGUUUCUCUCUCUCUCUCACUCUCUGAAGCCAAAACCUCAAAAUCGCAACCCCAACAAGCAAAUUCACAGAAACCCAAUAAACCCAAAUGGGUAAAGUAAAGGGAAAGCACAGGUUAGACAAGUACUACCGCUUAGCCAAAGAGCACGGCUAUCGAUCUCGAGCUUCAUGGAAGCUAGUCCAGCUCGACUCUCGCUUCGACCUCCUCCGCUCAUCGCGCUCCGUGCUCGACCUCUGCGCCGCCCCAGGUGGGUGGAUGCAGGUCGCAGUGCAGCGUGUCCCAGUCGGGAGUCUCGUUCUCGGCAUCGACCUCGUCCCCAUAGCUCCCAUUCGCGGCGCUGUGGCUAUACAGCAAGAUAUCACGAAGUCUGAGUGUAGGUCUAGGAUUAAGAAGCUGAUGGAGGAGCAUGGGGUUGCGGCUUUUGACUUGGUUUUGCAUGAUGGGUCGCCGAAUGUUGGUGGUGCUUGGGCUCAGGAGGCUAUGAGUCAGAACGCGCUUGUUAUUGAUUCUGUUAGGCUGGCCACGCAGUUCUUGGCUCCCAAGGCUAAUUUUGUUACCAAGGUUUUUCGGUCACAAGACUACAAUUCUGUCCUCUACUGCCUCAAGCAGUUAUUUGAGAAGGUCGAGGUAGAUAAACCAGCUGCUAGUCGUUCUGCGUCUGCAGAGAUAUAUCUUUUAGGUCUUAAGUACAAGGCACCUGCAAAGAUUGAUCCACGUCUUCUUGAUGUGAAACAUUUAUUUGAGGGAUCUAUAGAACCACAGAGGAAGGUGGUGGAUGUACUUAGAGGAACAAAGCAAAAGAGACAUCGUGAUGGGUACGAAGAUGGAGAGACACUUAUAAGGAAAGUGUCUUCAGCUGUUGAUUUCAUUUGGUCUGAUUCUCCUCUUGAGAUCCUUGGUUCAGUUACUUCCAUAACCUUUGAUGAUCCAGCUUGUCUGCUAAUUAAGGACCAUGCCCUAACAACGGAAGAGGUUAAAAGUCUUUGUGAUGAUCUGCGUGUUUUGGGAAAGCAAGACUUCAAGCAUCUAUUGAAGUGGCGUAUGCAUAUAAGAAAGGCUCUAUCUCCUAUAGCAAAGGCUAAGUCUACUACUACUACUACAGAUGUUGAAAAUGAGAAUAAGGAGGAUGUAGAUGAAGAUGAUAAGAUCCUUAAUGAAAUGGAGGAGCUGACAUAUGCUAUGGAGCGCAAGAAGAAAAGAGAAAAGAAGCUUCUUGCAAGAAGAAAAGCCAAGGACAAGGCGCGGAAGGCAACUGGGAUGCAAAAAGAUGUAACGGAAGAUAGUUAUGUUGAUCUUGAGUUGUUUUCUCUUUCUUCCAUCAAGGGUAAGAAAGAUCUGGUAGCUGUGGACUCGAAUGAACAUGAUGAUGAAAAUGGUGACUUGAGGGAUAGUGAUAAUGAGGAUGUAAAUGAUGAAACACAUGCACAUUCAUCCAGUGAUAUUGACUCUGAAGAAGAACGAAGAAGAUAUGAUGAACAAAUGGAAGAGUUUCUUGAUGAGGCUUAUGAUCGAUUUGUGGCAAAAAAGGAGGGAAGUACAAAGCAGCGUAAGCGUGCAAAAAAAGAAGCCCAAUCUGAAGAUGCCAAACUUUUGGAGAGCGGUGACGGUGAUGAUAUUAUUCAGUCAGAUUAUGAUUCAGACAGAGAUCAGAAUGAUCAAGAGAAGAAUCCUCUCAUGGUACCGCUUGAUGAAGAAGUUGCAACUCAAGAGGAGAUUACAAACAAGUGGUUCAGUCAGGAUAUCUUUGCUGAAGCUGUAGAACAGGGAGAUUUGGAGGAUGAUAGUGAUCAUGAAAUGCAGAUAGAUAGGCAGGAGGAAAAACUUUCUAUCCCAAAAAAGCCAAAGGAAAAGGCAGCAAACCACACUGCAGGGUUUGAACACCCUAAAAAAAAAGCUUCUAAGGCAGAUGAUGAUUUUGAGAUAGUCCCUGCCCCUGAUACAGAUUCAAGUGAUGACUCAUCCUCAGAUGAAUCUGAUCUUGAUGAUCCUUCUAAAAAAGCUGAGAUAUUGGCUUGUGCAAAGAAGAUGCUGCGGAAAAAGCAUAGGGAGCAGAUUCUUGAUGAUGCCUACAACAAGCACAUGUUUGAUGAUAAGGGCUUGCCUGAAUGGUUUGUGGAUGAUGAAAAGAGGCACCGGCAACCAAUUAAGCCUGUGACCAAGGAGGAGAUGGCUGCAAUGAGAGCACAAUUCAAAGAAAUUGAUGCCCGACCUGCAAAGAAAGUGGCAGAGGCGAAAGCACGGAAGAAGCGGGUUGCCCAGAGGAAGCUUGAGAAGGUACGCAAGAAGGCAAAUGUGAUAUCUGACCAAGCAGACAUCUCUGAUCGCUCAAAGAGCAAGCAAAUUGAACAGCUAUAUAAGAAAGCUAUGCCCAAAAGACCUAAAAAGGAAGUAGUUGUUGCAAAGAAAGGAGUUCAAGUGAAGGUUGGCAAGGGGAAAGUCCUUGUUGAUCGGCGGAUGAAAAAAGAUUUGAGGAGCCAUGGCAGUGGUAAGGGAGGGAAAGGCAGGAAGGGAAAGAACGCCAAGGCUCAGAAAGGUAAAGGAUCUCAUAAAGGAAAAGGAUCAGCAAAGAAGGGAGGAAAGGAGGGGGGGAGCAAAGGAAGAAAGAUGGGCAUGCAUAACUGAGCUUAGCUAACUUCAGAGAGAAGUUGGUUGCUGCUGCUGACUUGGCCUCAAUGUAGGUUUUAAAGGUUUGAUGUACUUAUUGUUUUAGUUCUUCAUGUUUUGCCCCCAUUUUUGUUUAAUUUUGUUUGUUGGGUUUAAUGGAACAGGCCUUGAAUUAUGAGGGAAAGUUGUUUUGAAUUCUGAGUUAAAACUGUUGUAGACAUCAAGGUCCAAACCAAUUCUUUUAGCAAAGAUACCAAAGGGCUUUCUUUC